AUGUCGACGAUCCAGAACCUCAACGCGUUUGACCCCUUUGCUGACACUGGCGACUCGGAAGCCCAACCCACCAACUACAUCCACAUCCGUAUCCAGCAAAGAAACGGGAGAAAGACGUUGACCACGGUGCAAGGGAUCCCCAAUGAAUACGACUUGAAGAAGAUCUUGAAGGUGUUGAAGAAGGACUUCGCCUGCAACGGCAACAUCGUCAAGGACGAAGAGCUUGGUGAAGUCAUCCAAAUGCAGGGCGACCAGCGUGUCAAGGUGUCGGAAUUCUUGACCACUCAAUUGCAGUUGCCCAAGAAGAACAUCAAGAUUCACGGGUUCUAG